AUGUGGUUUAACAACCUUCCUAAAGGCUCAGUUGUAUCAUUUGCUCACCUAUCCGAGCUGUUCUUAGAAACAUACAUUCAUAAUAGCAGAGUACGACCCGAAGUUGACGCGCUGUUCCAGAUAUCCCGAGGACCAAAUGAGUCACUCCGCUCCCUGGUAACACGAUGGAGAAAACUAUGUGCUGAGAUCGGAAAAGUCCCUGAAGCUUACGCGAUCUUAGGCUUUAAAAAUAGUCUUAGAAAGACAGACCCAAUCUUUGUCCGCAUGUAUGAAACCAUGCCAAAGAAUUUGGGAAAAUUAAGAGAAAUCCAAAAGGAUUAUGUAGCCUUGGAAGAACUCCAAGACGGAACUUACGACAAGAUGGUAAAAGGAACUAAUGGAGGAGAAAAUGUGGUAGAACUACAGAAUCCCCAAUUACCAUCCCAAGGAGCUGGGCGAUCCAACAACGGGUCAACACAGUUCGAAAAACAUCGGACUGGAGGAUGGAAAGGGAGAUACCAGGCCCAGCAAAAGAAGGAAAAGUUUGUAGACCCAGUCUACAUGAAACUGAACACGCCCAUAUCCGAGAUCCUUAAGAAGAUCGAUGGAAAACAUAAAAUCACUUACCCAUGGAACAGAGGUCAGCAGCCAGAGCGGGCCAAAAAUAGAACUGACUUCUGGGAGUUCCAUCAAUUCCAUAGCCACAUGACAGACUCGUGUAGGGACUUGAAUAAUAUGGUGCAAGAAAUGAUCGACGAAAGCAAGCUCCAGGAGUAUAUCGCGCAACCAGCAAUCCCACCCACCGUUGGGACACCCAUACAUCGUGUGGAAAUCCCCCGUGAGGCGCAGCAUUUAGAGUGCAAUAUAAUAUCGCACUCGGCAAUCGUUUCCCCCACGCCUGAAGGAAAUAUUACUGGACGAAUUCACAAACGAAACUUCGCAGGUGAUGAAGUUUUCAGCGUAGCCAUCACGAUGGCCAUUGCACUUCCCGAACACGAAGGCGGGGAGGAAAAAACUAAGGCAUUGCCAUGGGCAAUACCCAAAAUCCUAAUCCAUAGGCGUAGUUCCGUCGAGAUCCUGUCCUAUGAAACAUUCAAACAAACGGGUCUUAGAGAUGAUUGCCUAAUACCCUCUACUUACAACAUAUUUGGCUUUAACGGAUCUUCAACCCACCCAAGGGGCGAGAUGAAAUUAGAAAUCCGGGUGGGAAAAAUCCUCACCUUAACCACUUUCUGCAUGGUAAACAUACUAUCACCCUACACAGCUAUUGUCGGCCGAUCCUGGGUCCAUGGGAUCAAGGGAGUGGCCUCGACUUACCAUCAAAGUCUAAGGUUCCCUACGCCCUAUGGAGUUGCGGAAAUCAUUGGAGACUCUGGCGAGGAAAAAUACUUCUACAAAAUGGACGUCGAGAACGGCGAGAACAAAGUAAACUCCCCAAAGGCGCAGGAAAGGAGGGCCAGACCAAUAACUUGGCUGAAAUUCAUGACUACAUAG